UGAUUUGUGUCAAGUGUCGGUCGUCGUCCUCCUCCUCAGAAUCUCUUUGUGGUCACUCGCCGCCCGGAGACAGCAACCCUCUUCUUCGCGCCUCUUGCCGUAGAUCAGAUCGCGUUCGCCGGCCACAACCACAGCCGCAACCCGCAAUCAUGGGUCUCAACCCCAUUGCCGGCCUCACCGGCAAGGCCCUCAGCACGCUGCAGGUUGCCCUCAUCGUCGCUCCUGCCUUCAUCCUGUUUGGCUACAACCAGGCUGGUAUCGGUGGCCUUCUCACCCUCAGUGAUUGGGUCAAGACCUUCCCCGAGAUCGACACGGUCCAUGCCACCGGGGCCGACAAGAGCGCAAAGUCGACCCUGCAGGGCUUCAUUGUCGCCACCUUUGUCGUGGGCGCCAUUGUCGGCUCCCUCCUCUGCUCCUGGGCCGGUGAGCGCUUCGGCCGCCGCAAGUGCAUCUUCGCCGCGGGCAUCUGCUGCCUGAUCGGCGCCGUCCUCGAGGCUGCCAGCUUCGGCCUGGCCCAGUUCAUUGUGGGCCGCGUGCUUGUCGGCAUCGCCAUCGGCACGCUCAGCUCCAUUGUCCCCGUCUGGCAGAGCGAGACGGCUGGCUCGAGCAACCGCGGCCGCCACGUCGUGCUCGACGGCCUCUUCAUCUGCGUCGGCUACGUCCUCGAGAGCUGGAUCAACUUUGGCUUCUACCAGUUCCACGACGGGCCCGUCACCUGGCGGCCCAGCAUCGCCAUUGGCAUCAUCUUCUCCGUCGUCCUCAUCUGCUCCGUCUACCUGUUCCCCGAGUCCCCCCGCUGGCUGCUGCUCAAGAGCCGCCGCAGCGAGGCGGCCCACGCCAUCGCCAUCCUGCGGGGCCUCCCCGAGGACUCGAUGGAGGUCCAGGCCGAGAUUGGCGGCAUCGAGCUCUCCCUCGAGGACUCGGCCAAGUCGGGCAUGAAGUUUGCCGACAUGUUCACCAUGGGCGAGGACAAGCUCCUGUACCGCUUCCUGCUGUGCAUGCUCCUUCAGUUCUACCAGCAGAUGAGCGGCAGCAACCUCAUCUCCGUCUACGUGCCCAUCCUCUUUGAGCAGAACCUGGGAAUGUCCCCCCAGCUGUCCAAGGUCCUCGCCGCGGGCGCCAUGACCUUCAAGUUCCUGUCGUCGUUUGUGGCGUUCUUCACCAUCGACCGAUUCGGCCGGCGCGCGCUCUUCAUCACCUCCGGUGCCGGCAUGUGCGCCUGCAUGGUGGCCCUCGCGAUCACCACCUCCAUGCCCAAGGACAACACCGCCGCGCAGAUUGCCGCUGGAUGCUUCAUUUAUUUGUUUAAUUUCUUCGUUCCAAUAGGCUUUUUGGGAGCGAACUUCCUGUAUUGCACGGAGGUUGCGCCGUUGAGGUUGCGCAUGACGAUGAGCAGCUUGAGUACUGCGAACCACUGGCUCUGGAACUUUGUCGUCAUCAUGGUCACCCCCGUCGCCAUCAGCACCAUCAAGUGGCAGUACUACAUCGUCUUCGCCGUCAUCGCGGGCACCGUGCCCAUCGCGGUGUUCCUGUUCUUCCCCGAGACCAUGGGCCGCAACCUCGAGGAGAUUGACCUGCUGUUCCGCGACAGCGAGAGCAUCUGGCAGACGGUCCGGCUCGCGCGCAAGCGGCCCAUAGCCAUGCCCCAGGAGUUUGCCCGGGGCGAGGGCAAGAACGGCGGCGCCGAGCACGCCGAGAAGGAGGAGGAGGCCAUCGCCGUGCAGAAGCCGCAGCAGCAGUAGAGUGGUUUGUGGUAGUAGUAGACCACGAAAAGACCAUUUCAUGGAAAGGGAAAAAACCCCCCUUUUGUUGUUUUUUCCUGGUAACAGUCCAGGAAAGCCUGGUGGCUGUUGAAAACACAGCGCUGGGAGUGUGCUAUGCAUGCAUACGUGUGUAAGGGGGUUGACACUUUGCAGCUGUGUGGAUCUGCGGAAGCCUGAGAGGGGCUCUGGGAAGACAGGAGAAAGAACAAAACAAGAAUGGAAUGAGCACAUUUGCGGGUGUGCAUUAUGAGAUAACGUCCCUUACUUGACUAUUUGACAAUAUGACCAUAUCAAGAGAAU